GGCGACCGAGUAGAAAUAACAACAGAUGCAUUAAUAAUGGCCAGGAGCUUUGUAGUAAACAUGCAUAGAUACUUUUAAUAGUUAAUGUUAUCAACUUAAUGUUCAACCGGACCAAGAAGAUAAUACCGAGACUGCUCAACUGUUGUAAGACAACAAAACUUUUCUGCAUUGCCCUAAGAUGUCAGCGAUAGAGUCCCAUGUUUCCCUUAUUUUGGAGGACUUGAGCAAAAAGGCUGUAGCCGAAAUCAUUAAAUUGUUUGACCGCACCUUUGCUGCUUUCAUCCAAGAACUUAAUAAGAAACAGAGUGAUAUUGAUCGUCUGACCAAGAAGCUGGAAGAGUCCAACAACAACGCGAAUCAAGUCCAUGUGAACACAACGAGACAACCCUUGAGAAAGCCAUCCUCGCUACAGCACGUUGAACCUCUUGUCACCGCGCAAGAAAGUAAUUUCGAGCAUGAUUAUUCCACACAAGUUCAGCAGUUGGAUUCUCCCGUGAAACUUGAGUUCAUUUUUGAAGGUGACGAUGGUGAUGAUGAAGAUGAUGAUGAUGACGAAGCACACCCUGUGGUCCAAAUAGAAGAACAACCACCAGAAGAGGACACAGCAGCUGCAGGCCUAUUCACAGAGCCUCCUGUGGAUUCCUCCAAGUCAGAGAGUGAAGAGGAAGAGAAGGAGGAGGAAGGAAGGGAGGAAGGCGGCGAUGAUGAUGAUGAGGAGGAGGAGGAGGAGGAGGAGGAGGAGGAUGAUGUGCUGGAGCUGGAGUCAGACACGUCUGGUCCAAGUCAAAGCCAGACCUCCGGAGCUCCACAAAAGAAGAGGAAGGUGGGAGGUGACCCUAAGACCCUAAAACAUUUGAACAAUAGGCUGAAACGCUGCAAAGACUGCAACAAAUACUUUUCUUAUCGGUCCGACUGGGCAAAGCACCGCGCCUUGGUGCACUUGCAAAAGGAGCUGCCGGCCUGCCAAGUUUGCGGCAGCACCUUCUUGACCACAUACCUGUUGACUGUUCACAUGCGCUCUCAUACGGGAGAGAGACCCUACGGCUGUGAAAUUUGUGGCAAAACCUACAUCUAUCCAUCUGCGCUUAGGAUGCAUAUGAGGAUCCAUGAUACAAAUCUGAAAUGAAGCGCGUGUGGUAGCAGGGAAGAGCAGCCACUGGAACACGAUCCAUCGAGAAGACGCCGCAUUUCCACCAGGUCUUGUGUGAAGUGUGGCAAGACCAAGUAUAAUCUGUGACGUUCGUAGAAGAAGAAGAAAAGCCGAGUGCAGGGUUGGGGGUCAAUUGGUUGAAGGAAAAAUCAGGUGCUCUUCAGAAAGGACACCAAAGAUGUCAUGCUUCUGAAUGUCAUGACUAGGGAUGCACGAUGUAUCGGCCAGAUGUAUCGGUAUCGGCCGAUAUUUGACAUUUUUCAACACAUCGGACAUCGGUCCGAUGGGUAAAACUGGGCCGAUGUUAACGCCAAUGUUUUUUUGUAUGUUACGGUUCUAAAAGAUUGGACUUGACAGUGACUUUCAUUGUUUGUCUUCUAGUUUGUCUCUAUUUUUUUAUCUAAUUUUAUCACAGGGAGUUAAAAAGUGUUUUUGGAAAUAAGAGGACAUUCAAAAAUUCAGUUUGUUUAUCAUUGUCAGUCUGUAUUAAAUGUUAUCUCUUAAAAAACAAAACAAAAAAAACAUCGGUAUCGGUUAAUAUCCGUUAUCGGCCAAAACCGCAAUAUCAAUAUCGGAUAUCGGUAUCGGCCGAAAUUUGAACUACCGGUUCAUGUUUAACAUACAGUACAAGUUCUGUAGCCAGGGAAUUCCCUUGCUGCCUUGUGCGCAUUCGUUCUCAUGGAACCCCUCACUGAAAUCUUCACCCGAGUUUGGGAACAUGGCAACAGAUAUGUGAUUAUAGCCGUUUUCUCUCUGUCCUUAAGCCUGACUUUUGGCCUUUGACCUUCUGUACCCAAUGAUGGAAUUGUAAAUUAAUGUCAAAUCCAAUCAUAAAACCUUAAUUUACAUCCAUGUAAGUAAAAAUGUGUUGUAUUAAAAAUGCACAUUUCGAAAAUAUCAAUUUUUUCACAUGUUGAACACCUGUCCCCUGGGUUUAUUGUCAUUUCCACUACUCAGUACAAACUAAAAUCUCAG